CCAAGUUUUUUGGCUUGAGCUCGUGCAGGCCAUUGUGAACACCCGAUAAGGAUUUACACAUUUCUCUCACACAGUCACCCUCUGUCUCUCACGCCGCCGCCUGGCGUCUGGUAGUCCACUACUCGACCAGGCCAGUGCCCGCCCUCUCCGACGCCGACCACCUGCACGCCCACUUGAAGCUCCAUAAUUGGCAAGAGGUUUUCACCAUGAACCCUUCAUAAAGAGAGGAUGUUGUUAUGGUUGGUAAAGAUCGAAAGAAUGUAUUUAAUUGGAUAACUUUCUGCCCUCACCGCCCAAGGCCAAAUGCUCAUAAGAGCUGCAAGUGAUCGUUAUAUCUAAGCCCUAGCAUAAUCGAUAUUUGUACCCGCUUCGAUGUUCCGCUUCCGCUCACAGCCAUGUCUCUUCCUUCAUACACUCGCUGAUCCGAAUUUCCAGUCCCGAAUUGCAUCCACCAUCUCCCGCCAAAAGUGGACGGAGCUCAAACCAAUCAUACAAUCCUCCACUCCUGCGGAUUUCUUACGCCAGCUCUUCCAAUUCGAUAAUUUCGACACCGACCUCGUUGUAUCCUUCUUCAAAUGGUCACAGAAGAGAUGCGAGGCCGCCUUCUCUAUUGAGGAUCACGUAAGACUCUUUAUCUUGCUAGUGAAUGAGAAGAAGUACCCCAAGCUUCGGUCUUUACUCCACACGUUUCUGAAACAAGCAGAAACCCUUUCAAUUUCCACGUUUUGUCACUCCCUAUUGAUUGUCAGUGAUAAUGUGUGUGCAAAUAUAGUUGUAUUUGAUAUGCUGAUAUCGGCUCUUGUGAGCAAUGGGAAGGUUGAUUUAGCAUUUGAGGGUUUCAUGCGGGCUGGGGAUUAUGGGUUUAAGCUGUCUGUGCGUUUGUGUAAUUUGCUGUUGGCUAUGCUGGUGAAAGAUGGUAGGACUGGAAAUGUGGAGUUUGCUUAUAAGGAGAUGGUUAGGAGGAGGAUUUGGAUGGAUGUGAUCACGUUUAACACGGUAGUUUGUGGGCUUUGCAAGGCUGGAAAGUUGAACAAGGCGCGUGAUGUCGUGGAGGACAUGAGUAUUCAUGGUGUGGCACCCAAUGUGGUUACUUACAACACUUUGAUCGAUGGCUACUGCAAGAGGGGCGGUGAGGGGAGACUGUACAAAGCUGAUGCACUGUUGAAGAAUAUGGUGGAGAAGGGGAUUUUUCCGAGUGUAAUCACGUAUAACAUUCUUAUUGACGGAUUUUGCAAGGAUGGUAAUGUGGGUGCCGGUGUAAUGAUUAUCAAGGAAAUGAAAGACCAGGGUGUGAGACCAAGUGUGCUCACAUUUAACUCGUUGAUUAAUGGCCUCUGUGGUGAUGGAAAAGUCGAUGAGGCAUUGAGUUUAAGGGAUGAGAUGGUGACAGUAGGUGUGGAGCCAAACAUUGUUACUCAUUGCACAUUAAUCAAUGGAUAUUCGAAGAAUAAUAUGUUGAAGGAAGCCAGGGACUUGUUUGAUACUAUCAUCAGCCAAGGGAUUGCAUUGAACGUAAUGAUAUUCAACGCUUUGAUAAAUGCGUACUGCAGAGUGGGUGAAUUGGAAGAAGCAGUAGCUAUAUUCAAUCUUAUGUUGGACAACAAGGUUUCUCCCAAUGUAUCAACGUACAAUUGCUUGGUCGGUGCUUAUUAUCGUGAUGGAGAGAUGGAAGCAGGGCAUAAGCUUUUGAGUGAGAUGGAGGAGAAGGGGUUGAAAUAUGAUAUAGUUACUUAUAAUAUUAGGAUAGACACAAUGUGCAAGAGCGGUGAAACCAGGAAGGCAGUUAGGUUAGUGGAUGAAAUGUGUAAAAGGGGUCUGAAUCCGAGUCAUGUUACGUACAAUACUUUGAUGGAUGGCUACUGCAAGCAGGGAAGCCUGAAGGCAGCUUUGGGUGUGAAGAAAAGAAUGGAGAAAGAAGGGAAGCGGCCAAACGUUGUGACAUUUAACGUGCUGAUUAAGGGUUUUUCGCAAAGCGGGAAGCUUGAAGAGGCGAAUAGAUUUCUUAAUGAGAUGCUGGAGAAAGGAUUGAUACCAAACAGGAUUACUUAUGAUCUGAUUAAGGAGGAAAUGAUGGAAAAGGGAUUUGUUCCAGACAUAGAUGGUCAUCUUUAUAGUGAUUUGGUAGCUGCAGAUUCCCCUUGAUUUUUGUUUACCGGCAUGAGAUCAUAGAGAAUUAUGGCCUCCAAGUGUUCGAUAAAAUGUCGAGUAGGCAAAACCAGUACAACAAUCUUCUCUCCCUGCUCCACAAGAACAGCCGUCGCCGCCGCGGCAUUCAGUAAAUCCACUGCCACCUUCUCCUCACAAAGCCACUCUUCAGCAACAUAAUUAGUCUUCUCGUUCUUUGGAACUCCAUGAUCAAGGACUACGCACUCAGUAGAUUCCCACAAGAUGCUCUUUCUCUUUUCAAACAUCUCAGCAAUCAAAGGAGCCCGUUUCCCUUCGAUAGUAUCACCUACUCCUAUUUCAUCAAAGCAUGCGCAAAUAUGAAGAGAACAGAUGUGGGAGCCAGCUCCAAUCCCUGAGCACUAAAGCAGGGUUUGAUAGCAAUGUCCAUGUGCAGACCGCGUUGGUGAAUAUGUAUGCUGAUUCUAGGUAUUUGAUUGAGGCAAAUAAGGUGUUUGAUGGAAUGCCUGACAGGAAUAUGGUGACUUGGAAUGUUUUGCUGACCGGGUUUCUUAAAUGGGAUGAGAUUGCGGCUGCAAGGGCUAUUUUUGACGCCAUGCCAGAGAAGAACCGACGUGUACACCCGUGCGAACCGCUUUCACGAGGCCUUACAUUUGUUUCGGAUGAUGGUUGCGGACGAAAGGAUCCGGCCCACGGAGGUGACUCUCCUCGCAGUUUUCCCAUCCAUAUGGAACGUCGGGUCGCUUGAGUUUUGCCGGAUGAUUCAUGGCUACGGAGAGAAAAGUGGACUAAAUAUGUUGGAUGUUCGGGUUGUGAAUUGCCUGAUUGAUGCAUACUCGAGGAGCGGUAGCAUAGGAAGCGCGUGGCGGAUAUUCGAGGAAGUCAAUGAUGAGAGGAAGAAUUUGGUUUCUUGGACUUCAGUGAUAUCUGCUUUUGCAAUGCAUGGAAUGGCUGGAGAAGCUUCUGAUUGCUACAAGAAGAUGGAGAGCAAGGGCGUCGUGCCUAACUCGAUCACGUUUCUUAGUGUGAUGAGCGGUUGCAGUCACGGCAGAUUGGUGGCCGAGGGGCUCGAGUACUACAGGAAAAUGGUUGUUGAUUAUGGGAUUAUGCCCGAAAUCAAGCAUUACGGAGCUUUGAUCGACAUGUUGGGGAGGGCGGGGAGAUUGGAGGAGGCGGAGAAGAUAGCCCUAGGCGUCACCAUGGAUGAGACGGGUAAUGUUGUGGUGUGGAGGACGCUUUUGGGUGCGUGCAGCUUCCAUGGCGACGUUGAGAUGGGGGAGAGAGUGACGAGGAGGAUAAUGGAGAUCGAUUGGAGAUACGGCGGGGAUUAUGUGCUUAUGUCAAACAUCUUCUCCGCAGCAGGUAGGUUUGGAGAUUCUGAGAGAGUUAGGAAGAUGAUGGAUGCCAGAAAUGCCUCAAAACUUGCUGGGAUUACUCUCUCCACUUGCAGAGAUUUUUAAUGGUUGUGAUAAUCUCUCAUUUCUCAGUAGACAAAAUCUAAUAAUUGUAUUACAAUGUACUGCUGUAUUUGUUAAAUAGGAAGUUUUGGCAUAUUCAACUGGGCGUUUCUACUAUGUUGAUGAUUUAUUUUUGUGA